CUUCCGUGAAUGAGUAAAUUGCAAUCAAAAUGGUUAAAAUUAGAAGUUAGAGCGACUUAUUCGUUCAACUUAGAAUCCGGUCCUUGCUAUCCAUCCGAAUUUUGGACAUUUACAAGUCCCAGCAGCCGUUAAAGGGUGUUGUUGUCAUUGCGAUAUCUUUCUCGAAAAGUUUAAAACACAGAUGGCUUCGAACGUGGGGUACCUUGUAAUUACCUCAAAGAACCUAGUACCCUCUUCUUUUCUAGUGUAGAGCUUUCGCGAAGUUUAAGGUAGAAGAAAGAAGGUCCUACUCUCCACAGCUUUACUGAGCAUCAUUGUGGACUGGUUUCUGAAAUAUAUGGGAACUGGGAAAUCACUGUCUGAAUGUUGUGGAUUACCUCUGAGUGACCACAUAGAGUGCAACCAUGGUGGUUGGACUGCAACAUCCAUCUCUAGUUGACAAGAUACGUAGUCAAUCUUACCUCUACUCUAAGCUCUCUCCCAAUUUGUCCGUGAACACAGUUAGUCAGAAUGGCACCAGUUUACAUGUGAAUGGAGGUUUGCAAAGUAUUGUGCAGCCUGCGAGCCAGGGAGAUAGCAUUUCCUUUAUGUCCCCUAUGUCACCUGUAUUUGUGCAGGCACCAGCAGAGAAAGGUGUUCAAGGUUUCGCCAUUGACUUUCUUAUGGGAGGAGUAUCUGCUGCAGUCUCAAAAACAGCUGCUUCUCCAAUUGAACGUGUAAAGCUCUUGAUUCAGAAUCAGGAUGAAAUGAUCAAGUCUGGUCGUCUCUCAAGACCCUACAGCGGAAUAGCCGACUGCUUUGGCAGAACAAUGAAAAAUGAAGGCGUUCUCGCUUUAUGGAGAGGCAAUACUGCCAGUGUUAUCAGAUACUUUCCUACCCAGGCUCUGAACUUUGCUUUCAAGGAUUCCUUCAAAAGACUUUUCGACUUUAAGAAGGACAGAGAUGGCUACUGGAAAUGGUUUGCUGGAAACUUGGCUUCUGGAGGUGCAGCUGGUGCUUCAUCCCUUCUAUUUGUCUACUCCUUGGAUUAUGCCCGGACACGUCUCGCAAAUGACGCCAAGGCUGCCAACAAAGGCGGGGAAAGGCAAUUCAACGGUCUGAUUGAUGUCUACAAGAAAACCCUUAAAUCUGACGGUAUUGCGGGUCUCUAUCGUGGAUUUAACAUCUCCUGUGUUGGUAUCAUCGUCUACCGUGGGCUCUACUUUGGAAUGUAUGAUUCUUUAAAACCCGUUGUACUUGUUGGAAAUAUGCAGGAUAGUUUCCUAGCGAGUUUCCUAUUAGGUUGGGGUAUCACAAUUGGAGCUGGUUUAGCCUCCUACCCGAUAGAUACUGUUAGAAGAAGGAUGAUGAUGACAUCUGGUGAAGUCGUGAAGUACAAGAGCUCACUCCAUGCAUUCACCCAGAUCGUCAAGAAUGAAGGUGCUAAGUCUCUUUUCAAGGGUGCUGGUGCAAACAUUUUGCGUGCAGUUGCAGGUGCUGGUGUGCUCGCAGGAUAUGACAAGCUGCAGCUAGUCUUGCUUGGUAAGAAAUAUGGAUCAGCUGGAGGAGGCUAAUAACAGCGAUGAUGGAAGCAGAUGUUAAUAUUUUUGCCUUUCAGUGUUGAAGGGUUUUGUGAGCUGUCUUUACUUUCUAGAUUACAAGACUGAGAGGAAUUAGUCAGGUACGGUAGUAGUGAAGUUUACAUAGUAUAGAAAUGGUAAAGUAGCAUCUAUCAAUCACGCAGUGAACGAAGUAUGUUUUGGGUGAACAUAAAAGAACAGUUCUAUGUAAAAAUUAGUGUGGUCUUGAUGUAUAUAUUGUUUGUCCCUUGUUUUCACAAGCUGUUCAGACGGUUGACAUUUUUGAAUGGUAAUAGCUCAAGUUAUGUCACGGUUUUUCUGAUA